AUGGCGUCGUCUACUGGUAAAGAAAGUGCUAAAGUGACUGCGUCUAUGGACAGCCUAAAGGUUUCCAGCAAGCACACAUCGAAACAUGCUUCUUCUGAAUCUGUUCUCUCAAAGAAGGAUAAAGAAUGUUUGCAAAUGCAAGAAUGCAAGAAAAAACUGCUUGCCAUGGAACCACAGAUAAUUAUUCGCGACGAGAACGUCGUUUUACGGUCGCCGCCGCAGAAGAAAAUUGUAAUGCCACCACAGAUUAAUCCAGAGGAAUUAGCAGCAUCUACGCCAACACAGCGUAAUUGGCGCGGUAUUCUCAUCGCGUUGCUAGUUAUUGCGGCUGUACUCGGACUGAUAGUGUUCAGCAUAGCAUUGCUGACUCCAACGGGCGAUGAUGGAAGAGGCCGUGGACGCAGACCGACUCUCAAUGAUGUCCUUACGGAUCACUAUAAGCCGUUCAACGGAACUUGGUUAUCAGAACUUGUCGCCCUUAAUGCACUGUUAGGCAAUGAAUAG